ACGCAGUCCGGCGAGUACCGCGCGGCGCUGUAGAUUCGAUUUUCGACCGGUGAUCGUGACGGACGCUCUACAAUAAUAAUUUAUCAUUAUAAUAAUAAUACUGUAUCAAUAACAGUUGUGCACCUUUUCGUUACCUUUUUCUCCUCACUGUUUUCGCUACGUCUUGUUGUAUUUAAUAUUGUUUUACAUCCGUUCGGUUUUUUUUUCAUUUUCAUUAAACACGCCAAUACUCAAUUCGUUGUUUUUAUCAUCGUCUAUGUAAUUAUAUGUAUAUACGCUCGUAUAUUAUAAUAAUUAAAUUAAUUUAAUGUCGCGAUUGGUUUUCUAUCGGUUUUUAAGAUUUUAUAUACGCGCGUCGCGCCAAACGUAACAACAACAAAUCGCAAUACAAUUAUUUGUUAUUAUACAUUACAUAUUACGUACAUCGUCCGUUUGUGCCUAUUACCUGUCUGCGAUAUAUAAUCAUCCGCGUGUAUAAAAUAUUAUACAUACAACCGUCGUAAAUCGCAAUAUUUUAAUAUAAUAUAAUAUUAUAUUUAAAUAUCAUAUUAUUGUGUCACGGCGUUCCGCGGCAGGCAUGGAUUGCAAGAGUUUAACGAUAAGAAAAGCUUCGCGCACGUUGCAGUAGAUAGGUCAAGCAAUGGGCCUAGAUGGGGCCAAAGCGUUAAUGGUUUUGAUUCUUUACGCGUUGAGGCUUCAACAGAAGGCUCACGCAGACAUCAAAGUGGGUAACGCCAUCAACGUGUUUAAUCGUUAUGGAUACUUCAGCAUAAGUAUGAGGGUAGUCCCCAGAAAUGACACAGAUCAUUCAUGGAUAUUCAGAGAACCCACGGUGGACGUGUUUACGAAUUUACCGGAAAAACAAAGCCUCAAAAGAAGCAUCGGAGUGGGAGGAAAUCAAGUCUUCCAAGGAGACUUCCACAUGGAAUUUUGUGAUAAUGUAAAACAAUUAUUGCAAGCCUACUUUAGAGAUUUUUCUGUAGAAAGGCUGGAGAAACCGUGGCAGGCGUUUACAGGAAGCUGGUCCAAAUUUACGAUAGCUAGAAAUUUAGGUUUAGAUGUGUCUUAUGUAACCGGCGAUCAUUGUUAUGUUCUCGUCAGGGUGGCUAGGCAUAGGGAGACUGCUAAUUUAGCAAUGGAUAUGGAGAGCACCGACCUUCACGAACCAGUGGCCAAACAGGUGGCCUCUGUUAAUGUCGGCGAUAGUUUGUCGGUCAUUGAAUUCGUCAGGAGUUUUGGAUCUCAUUACGUGACGUCAUAUGUCACAGGCAAUUCUCUCUAUCAGGUGUAUGUAUACGCUCCAAAUGCUUACAAAGUAAUAAAAGAACGUUUAAAAACAAAAGGCGUAUCGCAGAUCUCUAAUCAAGAGUUGAUUGGAUACUUUUCACCAUGGUAUGCAGAACAUGUGGGUAAAAUACAAUCAGCUAGUGGUAAUGCAACAGUUGAAAAUUGGGCACACCAAAGGCUAAGAGUGAAAUUUUUUGUCUUUGGAUUCGCCUCAUUACUAAAAUUACACGGAGAUACAAAACUGUUAAGUGAACUGAAUGGAAUGUUAGGCAAUGAAGCAUUACUUAAGCUUGACUUAAGAACCUUGGCGCCGGCUUUUAAAGACAUUCAAAAACGAGCUUGGUUCCACGAAGUAAUGGAUAAUAAUUUAAAAUUAUGGGAAGUUAAUAUGUAAUAAAAAUAAUUCCUAAAAAAUCCAAUAUUACGAUGUAUUUAUUAUAAUUAGUAAGGUACCUCCAACUUUCGCUCAAAUGCCAAAUACUAAUGUACCUAAAAUCAUUACCUAUAUAAUAUUAGUAUGUUUUUUUGUUGAGCAAUAAAU